GUUGUGGCCUGUGCAAUGCAUAUAACUAUAGUCAAUUGAUUGCUGAGUAAUGAAAGCUGAGUCCUCCUACCUUUCAUAAUUUUUAAAAGAUUUCUCCAGUAUAAGAUAAAACUCAGAGUCGAAAUAGUCAGUAUCAGAAUGGUUGUGUGUGCCGGUCCAAUAAUCUCUACGGUCCAGUACACAACUGCUGCCACCGAAAUUAGUACAGCAGUGAACACAGCACCAUGGCCCGUAGGAAUUCCAUACUCUCCGGUGUUUACCUGGCCAGCAUGGAAACAGUUGUACGGCAUGGAGCAAGUGUGGCUGACCGAGUUUCACCGGUUAUUCAACCAGUUCCUUCCUCACCGCUGGUACCUAACCACUGUGAACUUCAAGCAUGCUGGUGCCUGGAAUACCUUUGUAGACUCUGCGAAAGUCCGCUUUUGUUGUGAAGAAUGCGCCCACGCGUGGACUUCCAUGAAAGGCCGAGUUGUGUUCUGGUUUGGUUUAAACCCCAGUACAGGAGAGGGGCUUGUAACUUUCAAACUAUAUGGCCAGCAGUGCGAUCGGUGUAAAGUUGGACUUUAUGAGCCGGCUAUGUGGUACCCUGAGGAGGUGGUCAAGGUACUGGUCAACAUUUUCAAUCGAGUAGGCCAAGUAUUCUAUGGCUUCACCAAACCGCCAAUACACCUGAAUCGUCGUCCUGGAAAACCUCGGAAUCCGCACAAUGGUGCCCUCUGUCAAGCUUGCAAGCACGGUGUUUGUAUUGAACGCUGAUGAUAACGCGAAGAUUAGUCUUUGAGAUAAUACUUCCAAUAAUCUGAAACAUUGUCUGAACAGAUCAGGUGUGCUUCCUUAUCAACCCCAUGGUGUUUGAAUUUUGUUCAUGUGACUUUAAUUGUGAUCAUUAAAUAUCAUUAGAAAUAAAUAUCAUGUUUAGUUAAUACUCACAGAAACCAGUGUUUCACACCAUUAGUCUUGAUAGCCUUUCUU